AGGCCCCACGGUAUUACGAGGAGAGGCUUACCGUUGCAUCUGUGGAUCUGAUCGCCCGUCGAAAGCUGAAGUCGCACAAGAAGAGCAAGAAAGACAAGAGCAAGGACAAGAGCAGCAAGAGCGAUAAGAGUAGCAAGAAGAGCAGCAAGAGCAGCAGCAAGAGCAGCAGCACGAGCGACAAGACCAGCAAGUCCAGCAAGAGCAGCGACAAGUCUAGCAGCGGGAGCGGAAAGGCCGUUAAAAACUGCAAGAAGUGCCGUUUGGGUAUUGCGGAAGCACCGGGGUCGGGAAAGCGUGCGGCGGGCGUGUGGACGACGAACCCCGUGGACAAUUGUUGGUGGUCCGCGGACUGGAAGACCAACCGCCAGGAGCUCGGCAACUGCGCUCCGGGAUUCGCCAACGGCACGACGGGCGGAAAGGGCGGAAAGCUGUACGUUGUGACGACGGAGGCGGACGACCCCGUGAACCCGACGGAGGGCAUGCUGCGAUACGGCAUCAUCCAGAAGGAGCCGCUGUGGAUCGUUUUUGAGCGCGACAUGGUGUUCGACAAGCUCAAGGCGGAGAUGAUGAUCGCCAGCGACAAGACCAUCGACGCGCGCGGCCGCGCCGUCGUCAUUCAGAACGGCCCGUGCGCCCGCAUCGAGCGAUCUAGCAACGUCAUCGUCGAGUCCGUCAUCUUCCACAAUUGCACCAUGCGCAGCGGCACGAUCAAGGUGCGGUCCGGGAGGGGCGUGGAGGUGAAAGACUGGCGCGACGGCAACGCGGUGGAGGUGUGGGGGUCGACCAACGUGUGGAUCGACCACUGCGGCUUCGAGAUGGCGCUCGACACGCAAGUCAACAUCGUCGUGGGGUCGACGAACGUGGCGGUUACCAACAACUAUUUCGUGAACCAGGACGAAUUCCACGUGGUGAACAACUACUAUCCCAACGGCUGGGGCAUCUACGCUAUUGGCGGCUCCGCUAACGCGCGCUUCCGCAGCGAGGCGAAUUACUUCGUGGCAGGGGACAUUAAGGAGGUGACGAAGCGACAGGACACGCACGGGUGGGAGGCGAAGCAGAUCAGCGACAAGACGUGGACCAAGAUCCACGUGUCGAGCGUGGGCUGGCAGAACUGGCCGUGGCAGUCCAUCGGCGACCACUUCGAGAACGGCGCUUUCUUUACCGAGUCGGGCAAAAAUGUUUUCACGCCGCCCUACGAGUUUAACCCCGUCCCCGCUAUGGAAGUCCCCGCCGCUACCAACAGGGCCGGGCCGUUGUUCCGUCGGUAUCAGAAGCAGCUGUGA